UAUCUCUCUCUAUCUCGUUCCUCAAAACGACCGACGUGUAAUUACCAUGUCUUCCGUACAGUUCGCUUCUUCUAAGGAUACUCAUCAAGACAACAACAACAACAACAACGAACGCCUCGAUUUGCUUCUCACUAAGCCCAAAGCCAUGGAUCUGACGCUCAAUUUGUCUCUCUCAACUGAUACUUUUCUCAAAGCGGCUUUGUCUCUCAAACAACAAGUACUGGAGGUCACGCGGCGGAGAGGCGGUGGUGAACUGAUUUCGGGUGCGGGUACGGGCGUGGAUCCCACGCUUUAUAGUGGUCUGUUGGGGACUGCUUUUACCUGUUUCAGAUCGUAUGAGAUAACUGGUAACCCCCAUGACUUGCUAUCGUCGGCUGAGGUUGUUGAGACUUGCGCCUCUGUCGUACCUGCCUCGACUAGACACGUGACGUUUUUAUGCGGUAGAGGAGGAAUUUAUGCACUUGGAGCAGUGGUGGCUAAUUGCUUGGCGGACCAUCAAAGGCGUGACUUCUUUUUGAAUCUCUUUCUUGAGAUAGCACAAGAGAAGGCUCUUCCGGUUGGACCUGAAGAAGGUGGAUUUGGAAUGUCAUAUGAUCUUAUGUAUGGGCGAGCUGGAUUCUUAUGGGCAGCUUUGUUCAUAAACAAGUAUCUUGGACCGGAGACAUUGACCAAUGAACUUCUCAUGCCUAUCGUUGAUGCUGUGUUAGCAGCGGGAAGAACAGGAGCAUCUGACAACACAGCCUGCCCCUUGAUGUACAGAUGGCAUGGUACGAGGUACUGGGGUGCUGCCAAUGGCCUUGCAGGAAUCCUGCAAGUUCUACUUCACUUCCCUCUCUCUGAAGAAGAUGCUGAGGAUGUUAAGGGGACUUUAAGGUAUAUGAUGAGUAAUAGGUUCCCUCAUAGUGGUAAUUAUCCGGUAAGUGAGGGAAACCCAAGAGACAUGUUGGUGCAAUGGUCUCAUGGUGCAACUGGCAUGGCCAUGACCCUCUGUAAGGCAUCUCAGGUAUUUCCAGGUGAUAGGGACUUUCGCGAUGCAGCUAUAGAAGCCGGGGAGGUAGUGUGGAAGAAUGGAUUGGUAAAGAAGGUAGGACUUGCUGAUGGAGCUGCUGGUAAUGCAUAUGCUUUCCUUUCCCUCUAUCGUCUGACAGGAGAGAGCAUAUAUGAAGAGAGGGCCAAGGCGUUUGCAAGCUUCUUGUAUCAUAAUGUACAGGAACUACAGACUGGGGACCAUGGGCGUGGGGCGGGCCAUGGCUACUCCCUUUUCCAAGGACUUACUGGUGCAGCAUGCCUCUGGUUUGAUCUGCUUGCACCUGGAAACUCUAGGUUCCCUGGAUACGAACUUUAAUUUAUUAAUGUGAACUACAAUACUCUUAAUUAAUAGCACUUGUAUAUAUAUGAGUGUAUCUAUAGCACGAUGAUCAAGCUAUGCCCUCGCUUAUGCACCGGCUAUCCGCCUAUGCGUUUAGCUCGCCUAUGUGUUCCGGGUAAACUCCACUAUAAAAUUCUGCUGUGGAACUGUAGUACAACCGGUGAUAUUGUAGCCUGCCGCUGUUGCUUUCCUGGUUGGUUAUAUAUGUAGACUAACUUUCAAACAUGUAAGAGGCAUCCUUGUAAAGACAAACACAUAGUGCAAAUUGGAUCUCUAAGCUUCUUCAA